CGGCCUUCGUAGGUGGACCUGCGUCUCUACGACGAAAUCGGGACGAAUAGCUCUCAUUGGAUAUAUCCGACUGGCCCCCUGAAAACCAUUGAAAUAGUCGGAAACGUUUCCUGCAGUCACCAGGCUCAUUGAACAGCUGCUCGGAGAUCCUGUGUCAAAUCGUAUCCCCACCAUGCAGACGUGUUUCGCACCCUUGCUCUCCGUCGUAGUGCUCGUCAAUUUAGUCUUUGCCGCUCCUGCACUGUUCGAUGGCGGUCGCGCUGAUGUUCAACCCUUCACAAAAGCCUCCAGGGACUCGAUUGUCUCAUCUCCGGAACUCCUCUAUCCCUACCAUGACGGUUUGGUGAAGAAUGAUUGACGACUCAACUUCUCAUCGCCUACAAGCUCGGAGAGUAUUUCAACGAUGACAUUCGUAGCGAAUGUAUGUAUAAUGUAGAGAACUGAGGUGAUUGGGGCAGCAAUGAUAUGCAGCAUACGAUGCUCAGCAUGUUGUACUAUCGCAUGGAUUGAAUUUUACCACGCCCCUAAGAACGUAGCUUCCGCU